UCGCUAGCAUUCAAUGCUAUUGACUGUAAUCUAGAUGCCAAAAAACUUUAUGAUGAUGUUUUAUCAAGCUAUAAUCGACUAAUACGACCCGUUUAUAACAAUAGCGAUAAACUAAUAGUCAAAAUGGGAUUAAAGUUGACGCAACUUAUUGAUGUGAAUCUCAAGAAUCAAAUUAUGACAACUAAUGUAUGGGUCGAUCAGAAUUGGUACGAUUAUAAGCUUGUUUGGAAACCUGCCGAUUAUGGAGGGGUCGAUAUGCUUCACGUUCCCGCUGAAGACAUAUGGUUACCGGAUAUCGUAUUAUUCAAUAACGCCGAUGGAAACUAUGAGGUGAACCUAUUGACAAAAGCCAUAGUGUAUUAUACGGGACAUGUAGUAUGGAAUCCACCCGCGCUUUACAAGUCUACCUGUAAAAUAGAUGUCGAAUACUUCCCAUUUGAUGUACAACACUGUCUCAUGAAAUUUGGGAGUUGGACUUAUGAUGGACAUGAGGUAGAUUUACGUCACGUCAACCAACACCACGAUUCGAGUGCAAUGGAAGUGGGUAUUGAUAUGAGUGACUUUUAUAAGAGUGUUGAAUGGGAUAUACUGCUGGUUCCGGCCCAAUAUAAUGAAGAAUAUUAUGACGGUCUGCCGGCUCCCUAUCCCGACAUUACCUUCAAUAUAACGCUUAGACGGAAAACCCUGUUCUAUACGGUUAACCUAAUCAUUCCUUGUGUCGGCAUUUCAUUCUUAACUGUUUUAGUAUUUUAUUUGCCGUCCGAUUCGGGCGAAAAGGUCACACUUUCCAUCUCUAUUCUCGUAUCACUCACUGUAUUCUUCUUACUAUUGGCUGAGAUAAUACCCCCAACUAGUCUGGCAGUGCCUCUGUUAGGCAAAUAUUUGUUGUUCACAAUGAUUUUGGUCACGUUAUCCAUAUGUGUUACGGUGGGUGUACUUAAUGUUCACUUUAGGUCGUCAUCUACCCAUCGUAUGUCUCCCUGGGUGCGCACUUUAUUCAUACAUAUGUUGCCGCGACUAUUACUUAUGAAAAGACCAUCUUUUCACGAUUGGACUGAGGAGUUGGCCGCUGUGGCCUCUAAACACAAAUCCAAAGUUGAUUCAUGUAAUGGAGGCUCCAAUGGAUUGCCUUUGAGAAGAAACUCCUACCGAAUGAUGCAAAGAAACACCAAUAAUGGUGGCUAUAGAGUAGAGCCUAUGUCUUCAUACUCUGGUGUUGAUCAGCGCUAUGUCGACAACGACAUACCCGGUCUGCCAUUGAUCUAUCACUACAGCUGUACUCAUGAGUACAAUAAUGUUUUAGACUCGGAGUUAGCGAUGCCUGAAAUGCCUGAAAUGAAUGGCAACACGUUUUGCAAUAUAAAUAAUGAUAACUGUAUUCAUUGGUCUAAUGGACAUAAGGAUGUCAUCGCAAACACAGCACACGAACAGCAGACAAAUCAAAAUCAAUUACUGGGUUCAUCAUUGCAGACAUCAGUGGACGUCCAGAAAGCUAUUCAAAGUAUUUUAGCCAUCGCUGACCAUAUCAGGAAAGAUGACGACGAAAAUAAUGUGAUGGAGGAUUGGAAAUAUGUGGCAAUGGUUCUGGAUCGACUAUUCCUAUGGAUAUUUACUCUAGCAUGUUUAUGUGGCACCUGUGGCAUCAUUUUUCAGGCCCCGUCUCUCUACGAUCAGAGAUCACCUAUCGAUCAACAGCUCUCACAAAUUGGACGAUAA